AUGGCACAACCGGACACCAAGAAGAUAUUUUUCGAGAACCUAUCUGGAGCUGGGAAAGCCAUCGCUGUAUUGACAAGUGGUGGGGAUGCGCAAGGGAUGAAUGCUGCCGUGCGGGCCGUGGUCCGGAUGGGAUUAUACGUAGGAGCCAAAGUUUACUUCAUUCAUGAGGGCUAUCAGGGUAUGGUGGACGGAGGAGACAACAUAGAGGAGGCUUCAUGGGAGAGUGUGUCCAGCAUGCUUCAAAUUGGGGGCACUGUUAUCGGCAGUGCUCGGUGCAAAGAGUUCCGCUCACAUGAGGGACGCCUGAAGGCAGCACACAACCUGGUGCAGCGCGGCAUCACAAACCUGUGUGUGAUCGGAGGAGACGGCAGCCUGACGGGGGCUAACCUGUUCAGAGAGGAGUGGAGUGGACUGCUGUCGGAGCUGGUGGAACAAGGUUCAAUUGAAGCAGACUCUGUUCAGAAGUACUCUGCUCUGCACAUCGUGGGGAUGGUCGGCUCCAUCGAUAAUGACUUCUGUGGCACCGACAUGACCAUCGGCACCGACUCCGCUCUGCACAGAAUCAUUGAAGUGGUGGACGCCAUCAUGACCACAGCACAAAGUCACCAGAGAACCUUUGUAUUGGAGGUAAUGGGCAGACACUGCGGGUACCUGGCCUUGGUGAGCGCUCUGGCCUGUGGAGCGGACUGGGUGCUGAUUCCAGAGAUGCCUCCCGAAGACGGCUGGGAGGACAAGAUGUGUGAGAAGCUGUCUGCGACCCGCUCCAGGGGCACCAGGCUCAACAUUAUCAUAGUAGCGGAGGGAGCCAUUGACAGACAUGGGAAACCUAUUACCUCUAGUUUUGUGAAAGAAAACCGAGCAGGGAUGAAAAGACUGAAUAUCAUUAUAAUAGCAGAGGGUUCGAUUGAUCAAAACAACAAGCCCAUAACCACUGACUAUGUGAAGGAUCUUGUUGUCAAGAACUUGGGUUUUGACACAAGAGUUACAAUCCUGGGACAUGUGCAGAGAGGAGGGACGCCAUCUGCUUUUGAUCGAAUCUUGGCCAGUCGGAUGGGCGUGGAGGCGGUCCUGGCUCUGCUGGAGACCACCGCCAACACCCCGGCCUGUGUGGUGUCUCUGUCGGGGAACCAGUCUGUGCGGCUGCCCCUCAUGGAGUGUGUGCAGAUGACCCAAGCGGUACAGAAGGCCAUGGACGAGAAGAGGUUUGAGGACGCAGUGAAGCUAAGAGGACGGAGUUUUGAGAACAACUUAAGGACGUACAAACUGCUGGCUCAUCGCAAACCUGAGACAGAGCUGCCAGUGAGCAACUUUAACGUGGCAGUGCUGAAUGUGGGGGCUCCGGCCGCCGGGAUGAACGCCGCUGUGCGCUCGGCGGUGAGAGUGGGCAUCUCCCAGGGACACAAGAUGUUUGCGGUCAGCGAUGGAUUUGAGGGAUUCAGCAAGGGACAGAUCAAAGAGAUCAAGUGGGCAGAUGUCGGAGGAUGGACAGGGCAGGGAGGAUCAUUGCUUGGAACUAAAAGAACACUUCCUGCGAAACAUUUGGAAAAAAUUGCCGCUCAAAUGAGAGAGAACAAUAUCAAUGCGCUGCUAGUUGUUGGUGGAUUUGAGGCUUUGCUGUCCCUGCUGGAGUUGCAAGCGGCGCGAGGGACAUUUGACGAGUUCUGUGUCCCUAUGAUCAUGGUGCCGGCCACUGUGUCCAACAAUGUACCGGGGUCAGACCUCAGCAUUGGGGCAGACACCGCCCUGAACGCCAUCACCACUGCACUAGAGAGUCUGCUGCAGCUGUAUGAUGCCAGAGGACAGUUUGAGGAGUUUUGCAUCCCCAUGUGCAUUCUACCCGCCACCAUAAGUAACAAUGUCCCAGGCACAGACCUGAGCAUUGGGGCAGACACGGCCCUCAAUGCCAUCGUGGAGACCUGUGACCGGAUCAAGCAGUCGGCCAGCGGGACCAAACGGCGAGUGUUCAUCAUUGAGACCAUGGGCGGAUACUGCGGGUACCUGGCCAGUGUGGGGGGGCUGGCCUCCGGGGCAGAUGCGGCUUAUAUAUAUGAAGAACCAUUCGAUAUCAAAGACCUACAGGCAAAUGUGGAACACUUGACAGAGAAAAUGAAGACCAGCAUUCAGAGAGGGCUUGUUCUUAGAAAUGAGAAUUCCAAUGACAACUACACGACAGACUUCAUAUACCAGCUGUACAGUGAGGAGGGCAGAGGAGUGUUCGACUGCAGGAAGAAUGUUCUGGGCCACAUGCAGCAGGGCGGUGCACCAUCUCCUUUUGACCGUAAUUUUGGCACAAAGAUUUCCGCCAAGGCCAUGCAGUGGGUCACGAACAAACUCCUGGAGACUUUCAGACACGGACGCGUCUUUGCGAACACUCAGGACUCGUGCUGCUUACUGGGCAUGCGGCGCCGGGCCCUGGUCUUUCAGCCGGUUGUGGACUUGAAGGACGACACUGACUUCAUUCACCGCAUCCCUAAGGAGCAGUGGUGGCUCAAACUCCGCCCCCUGAUGAAGAUUCUGGCGAAGUACAAGACGAGUUACGACGUUUCUGACUCCGGGCAGCUGGAGCACGUAGUCGGGAGUCGCCCCAAAGACCUGGACGCCGCCGCCGCCAUGUAG